AUGGCGCCAGCUGUCCAUUCUCUCAUGCGGCAAACGAAAACAAGAAGGUCGUUUGUGCUGAGCCGAAAAGCCCCAGUCGUCUCAGCGGUGCCACGCCGCAAGGAGACUCGCGCUCACGCAUACCCUGCCGAUUUUUUCUACGAGGAAUACACUAAAGUGGAAGCGGAGGAAGAUUCACUACCCGAAAACUGGUGCCGGGAGCUUAAAGGCGCUCUGGUCCGCUUCGGAGAUGGCGCCGUCGUCACCCAAGUUAGCUUUCCAUCUGACUUUUCUGCAGUCCACAUCAGUAACCUACCUCAAUUUACAACUGCAAGCUCUGUUGUUACUCUACUCGCCUCAUUUGACUUCGCCGUGCCUGAAGAUUGCGUCCGCAUAUCCAGACCAGCAGACAGUUUGCAUUGCAGCGCCGAUGUAAGGGUCGAAGACCCUCAAUUUUCCAAGCGUCUUUGUGAGCUACUAGCUUUGAAGAGGCAUGAUUCUCCCAUAGCGGUUCCAAUCAAUGUCUCGAUGCCUCAGACGACCAAUCAUCGUCGAGUCGAUUCAAAGAAAGUAUAUUGCUCCUGGCACAAGCCAACCAAGACCGCUUGGCUGAACUUUGGCAACGGAGAAAUAGCUGCAAAAGUUGGCUCGAAUUUCUCUGCGGGAACAUUCAAAAUUCUCCACCAAAGCGUUCAGUGCGAGGGGCCAACGCGCGGCGCAGGCAUUAAGAACCCAUUGGCUUGGACCCUCAGACUUUCAGACGUUUCAAGGCUUGCUAAGAAGGAUGAUGUUAUGAGAGCUAUCCCUAGCGCAAUGUCUCCACGCCAUGUGGAACUGAGCGCUGCAAGCUAUGACGCUGACCUACCCAUGGCGAACGCAUUGAUCGAAUCAUUACUGCUCCAAGUUGGACCAUUAGAGCGAUGGGAAGGGAGCCUUGAGGUACCCGGGAAGCGCUUCAAGGCAAAGGCUUGGUUCACGAAGGAUGCAGAUGCGUUGCAAGCUGUCAAGCUGUUCCAUAAUGAACCUUUGUCGUUCAACAAAAAUGGCAAGUUUACAGUACAACUUGUACACUCAGCAAGGUUCAAAAUUCUGGCUCGCAUCUAUGACGCCGUUGAACAAGAGUUGACAGACCACAAGAAGACAUGGGCGUCACAACAUGUGCUCUAUAUCGCAUAUCCUCCUGCUCAGGGUCUCCAGGUCCUGAAAAUUGAAGGAGAAAACGGCGGUGAUGUCGCCAGGGCCAAGGCUACGCUGGAGAGGAUAAUCAGUGGAGAAGUGAUGAUGAAGAAUGGAAAACCUAUAUGGGCCCCUUCCUUUGCAACCAACGGUUACGCUUAUCAGAGAAUGAAGCAGUUUGAGCGUGAGCUCGGUGUUGUCAUCGUUCGCGACAAGCGCAAAUCUCAGCUUCGACUCCUAGGUCCUCAACUGCAACGUGAAAAGGUGCAACUAGCCAUCAUUGAGCUUGCUAAUGCGUAUUCAAACUCUACCCACGUCAUUGAGCUUGAUGCGCAACAAUUCUCCUGGGCUUUCAAAGGCGGUUACCGAGCCAUAGUAGAGGCCAUCGGGAAUGACAAGGUUGUCUUGGACAUCGCCUCUAAUCCGCGUCGAAUUCUUGUGGUGGGAUCCAAGGCUGAUUUUAGCAUUGCGCGAGAGAUCCUGCAAUGUAAACAAGGAGUCUCGGGGGAAAAGCCAGAAUCUGGCUCCAUCAGUGACUGCGUCAUUUGCUGGACACCGGCCGACAAUCCGAUACAGACGACUUGCAAGCACCUUUACUGCACUGGUUGCUUCGAGGAUUUGUGCUUUGCUGCCGUCAACUCUGGUCCCAGUAUCCGUUGUCAAGGUGAUGCCGGCAAUUGCAGCGAGGUUCUUCUCUUGACAGAGCUUCAAGCACACCUUUCAUCAGCAGCCUUGGAAGACAUAUUAGAGGCCGCGUUUACAACACAUGUAACACGCCAUCCGAGUGAUUUUCAAUACUGCCCUACCCCAGACUGCGGGCAGAUAUAUCGAGCGGCGAGACCAGCAGGAAACAACGGUAGGACAGCUGAAACCAGCGAAUUUCCCAUGUUCAAAUGCCCUUCAUGCCUUGUUGCCGUAUGCACAGCCUGCAAUGUCUCUCACGACGGUCUUACCUGUGCUGAGCACCGUGACCACUUAUCUGGUGGUUACAAGGCACUACAGGCAGCUAAGAAGAAGCUUGGUAUUAAGGAUUGUCCCAAUUGUAGCACAAUGAUCGAAAAGACGUUCGGCUGCAACCAUAUGACCUGCUCGGCUUGUGGAACGCAUAUUUGCUGGAUAGCCAGUGCUACUGCCGGUAUAGACGAAGAACAAAUCCCGAACUCCUGUAGCGCCGCCUAUAGAGCAAGUUAUGGUAGUCCAUGUUUGCCAGCCGCCGGUAUUGCGGACAGCACAGGUACCGACCAGUGCCCCAUGCAAGCUGUCCAUAUGCAACUCAAUAUUGCCACCACUGGUUGCAAAAGCGACACGGACGGAGAAAGACUUAGCACCAUUAAUAAAGUCAACGACUUCAAAUGUAGUCGCCAUUAUCAAUGUUCAGACGUCCAGACCACCCUCACUACAGACUUCAGUGGAAACGCCGGAUAA